AUGAUUUCUGCUACAAAUUGGGUGCCAAGAGGAUUUUCUUCAGAAUUUCCUGAAAAGUAUGUUUUGGAUGAUGAGGAGGUGGAAAGAAUCAACCAAUUAGCACAAUUGAACCUAGAUGAUGCUAAAGCUACUUUAGAAGAGGCAGAAGGUGAAUUGGAGGUUGAAGUUAACACCAAGGCAGACGGUUCUGAUAAGUUGAAAGAUCAAUUAGACGUAGACGAUGAUUUGAAGGAGUAUAACCUGGAAGAAUACGAUAAUGAAGAAAUAACCGAUAAUGAGGGUGGCAAAGAUGUAUCUAUGUUUCCGGGACUAAGUAACGAUAGCGAUGUUAAAUUUCAUGAAGGUGAAGAAGGCGAAGAUCCAUACAUUUCAUUGCCUAAUCAAGAGGACAGUCAAGAGGAAAAGCAAGAAUUGCAGGUCUACCCAUCUGAUAAUUUGGUUCUUGCGACAAGAACAGAAGAUGACGUUUCAUAUUUGGAUGUUUAUGUUUACGACGAUGGUGCUGGGUUCCAUAGCGACGAUAUUCCCAUUGAAGAAGGUGACGAAGCUGAUCCAGAUGUUGCUCGUGGGUUAGUGCGUGAUCCUGCAUUAUACGUUCACCAUGACUUGAUGUUGCCCGCUUUCCCAUUAUGUGUGGAAUGGCUUGAUUAUAAAGUCGGAUCCAAUUCCGAAGAAGCUGCUAAUUACGCAGCUAUCGGUACGUUUGACCCACAAAUUGAAAUCUGGAACUUGGAUUGUGUCGACAAAGCGUUCCCUGAUAUGAUUCUGGGUGAACCUCAUGACAAUUCUAUGGCAUCUUUACAAAGCAAAAAGAAGAAGAAGAAAUCUAAAACUCAACACAUCACUACGCAUCAUACCGAUGCAGUUCUGUCUAUGGCACACAACAAACACUUCCGCUCCGUUUUAGCAUCCACCUCGGCAGAUCAUACCGUGAAACUAUGGGAUUUGAAUUCAGGUAACGCAGCCCGUUCUUUGGCUUCUAUUCAUUCGAACAAAAAUGUUUCAUCAUCUGAAUGGCAUAUGUUGAAUGGUUCCGUUCUUUUGACCGGUGGUUAUGAUUCUCGCGUGGCCUUAACAGAUGUUAGAAUCUCUGACGAGAGUCAAAUGAGUAAAUAUUGGUCUGUCAUGUCAGGUGAAGAGAUUGAAACUGCUACAUUUGCGAGCGAAAAUAUAAUAUUAUGUGGUACUGAUUCUGGUAACGUAUAUUCCUUCGAUAUUAGAAAUAGUGAAAACUGUAAACCCGUUUGGACAUUGAAAGCACAUGAUGCCGGUAUCUCCACAUUGUGUUCAAACAAAUUCAUUCCUGGUAUGAUGAGUACUGGUGCCAUGGGUGAAAAAACUGUCAAGUUAUGGAAAUUUCCUUUGGUUGAAGCUGCAAACACCAAAGGCCCAAGCAUGGUUCUGUCUCGUGACUUUGAUGUCGGUAAUGUUUUAACAUCGUCAUUUGCCCCAGAUGUUGAAGUAGCAGGUACCAUGGUUAUUGGUGGUGUCAAUAAAGUUUUGAAACUAUGGGAUGUUUUUACCAAUAGAUCUGUACGUAAAAGCUUUAAAACUGAAUUAGAGAACGUGCAAACGAGAGCUAAAGAAGAAGCCAAACAACUAGGGAAAAGUUCAAGAAUCGCAAGAAAAUACACUAAUAAUGAUAAUCCAGAUACUGUUAUAACCAUUGACGAUCAAGGUGAAGACGAAGAAGAAAGAGAAGGGGAAGAUGAGCAUGAUGACAUGGCAUGA